AUGACGUCGCCGUCUAAGUAAAUUAUAUUGUACCAACAACCCGAGGUGGUGAAUUAAAGUGCUCGAGUUUAUAAUUUCAUUUAUGAGGGAAGUACGCGAAGUAAUUGUUUGUACCUUGUUGAUAAUAAAUAGCGUGUGUAUCAGUUAAUAGCGCUGUUAUGUGUCUACUCAGUUGUGUUUGCACGGCUCAGCUACACCUUUAUGUGGAAGUUAAUGUACAGACUGAGGUAGCGUGGACAUGGAGGAUCAGGAGACAACAGGGACUACAAACGACAACACUGACGUCAAAUAUACGCAAAUGGAGAGAGGAUCAGUUCAGACAACUGGAAGUUACUUCAGCAUGUCAUCAGGUUCGCUCCCCUCCCACAUCCGGUCUGUGAGCCCGCGACAACAAAUGGAAUUUACGCUGGAGAAAGAUGUUCGAAAACCACAGACGUGUUGUAACGCGCGUACAGUCUACAUAGCGUUAAUCACGAUAUUUGUGUUGACGUCAUCAGUUGCUGUGGCGAUUGCGGUCUACGAAAUAAGGGUCAUACAGACAUCUUCGAGAUCUCAAAAGCUGAAGAACCAUGUCCUUCCAUUUCAAUCAGUGGCGGAAGUCGGACACUCCCCACCCUCUUCUGUCGCCCAUAUGAAAGCCGCAACACUGUCGCCACUACCUUCGAUCACUUCCGGUCUCCACUCCGAAAAACCUGCGGAACAGGGUGGACGGACGCCUUGUAAUCAAAUAUGUUCAACCUACCGCAACGAUCGAUUUCAGGCCACGUGUCAAAAUGGUUAUUGCAAUUGUUUUGGAGAGGAUUAUCAAGGGGACACGUGCUUACCUGACGUUGACGGUUGCAAAAUCCAGGUGUCUCCAAGUUCUAAAAUGAUUUCCAUAUGGGGUUCCCCAGCAGACAAGUUUUCAUGUAGAAACGUUUUAUCACCAAUAACGUCAUCAGACUCAAUUUACGUAGUCGGGAUAUAUGGAAAUCAUUUCUCAGACAAAACUGACGUCCAUAUAGGCGGGAGCUCUGAGAAACCCAUUACUCUUGUACUGGCCAGCCAUUACCCCGUUCGGUGGGGCUUAGACACUGGGAGGAUAAAGGUUGCACGAGUUAUUCUGCUUGCGGAAGACAAACUAUCAUUCAGUAAAUUGGACAGAUUUGAAGACAAAUCGUCCAAUCAAACAAACAUUGAAACAUAUAUACAACCGAUCGGCUACGGAGAUGAUCGACACCACUCGAAUACUACCGAAAUGUUACGAAAAAUUACGGAAACAUUAGGGCCUGUGAAACAUUUUACUGGAGCUUCAUAUGCGGACACGAUACAUAUAAAUGUCAUAUGAUAAGUCAUUAUUCAGAUGUGUUAUUAUUUAUUAACAUCAUUUAUUUCGUUAUUCAAGUUUAGCUCUUCAUGGUGCAAGAGACGAUACGGGCAAUUAUAGCAGGGCCCGAAACUCUGGCCUUCUUCAUCGUCGCGUUAUUUUUUUGUUAUUUUCAUUACAAACACCCCUGUAAUGAUUGUUAUGCAGUUUUAAUGUAAAAGAAUACACAUUUGUAUGACCAGUCAUUUCUUUUAUUGAACCUCGGUAUUUUGUUUCCGAAUGUUUUAAAUAAUAAAAUUCCUAAAGCAAAUUUUGGCGCUUAUUUUGAAAACAAAUUAUGAUUUUGAUUCGUUUUUAUUUGCUCUGAUAUUUGAUCACUGUUUUAUUAUCACUUGUUUCAUGUUUAUUGUUUGUAUAAUAUGUUAUAUUUUUAAUAUAUUCUAGUCACAUUUUAGCUCACCAGAGCAUGACGUGCUCAAGGUGAGCUAUUGUGAUCGGUCUUUGUCCGGCGUCCGUCCGUCAGUCCGUCCGUCCGUCCGUCAACAAUUGCUUAAAAAACUUAUCCCCUGAAACUACUUGGCCAAAUUCAAUGAAACUUCCCAGGAAGCUUCCUUGUGUGACCCUCUACAAAAAUACAACAAGGGGUCACGAUUGAUCAACACAACAACAACAAAAUGGCCGACUUCCUGUUUUGCUUUAAAAAACAUCUCCUCUGAAACUACUGCUCCAAAUUCAAUGAAACUUUACAGGAAGCUUCCUUGGGUGACCCUUUACAAAAAUACAACAAGGGGUCACGAUUUAUCAACAACAACAACAACAGCAACAACAACAAAAUGGCCACCUUCCUAUUUUGCUUUUAAAAAACAUCACCUCUUAAAAUACCAGUUCAAUUCAAUUAAACUUUACAGAAAGCUUCCUUGGGUGACCCUCUACAAAAAUACAACAAGGGGUCGUGAUUGAUCAACAACAACAACAACAACAACAUCAAAAUGGCCAAAAUGUUAAAAUCUGAUAGAUAUGUAAAGUUUACUCUUUAAGCAAGGGCAGCAAGUCUUGCUAUAUGGUCUCUCUUUUUGUUGGAGAUUCCACUACCUUCUAUUUUUAGUAACAAGGGAAUAGAUUUUAAAUUUUAUUAAGUCUUCAACAUUGUAACUUCUAAGGUAAUUAUUGUUAUUUUCUUAGGUUCAUAGAUUUAAAUAAUUAUUAUACACUUUAUUCUUAAGAAGACAUUUCAUUUUAACUUAAUGAUAAAUUUAAUAAUCAGACUUUUCCAUUGAACUUCAUGUAGUUUAUUGUAAACUUCAUAUUGAUUAUUCUAAGCUACAAUCUUAUCUUCUGUGUGGAUAGUGAAUAAGUCUUAAUGUAUAUGAAGACCAAUUUGAUUACAACCAUGUCAAGGAAGGUGAUGUAGACCUAGAUGGAAGAUGUGAUAAUAUUAGUGGAAGGUGCUGCAUGUAUUCCAAUUGUUGAAUUUUAGAGCUUUAGGCAGUAUAUUGAUUUUAUUGGACGGUGCUCUUUUUGUUGUUUGUGUAUCUAUACUAAAGGUUCUUUCAGUGUGCAAGCAAUUUAACAUAGUUCAGUCUGUGUGCAAGCAACUUAACAAACUCCUGUCAGUGUGCAGUCAAUCACCAAGUCCUGUCAGUGUGCAGGAAACUGUGACAAUUCCUGUCAGUGUGCAGGCAACUGUGACAAGUCCUGUCAGUGAUUAUCCAGGCAACUUGUUUGACAUGUAUGUUUUAUGCCCCCGAAGUUGGGCCUAUUAAAAUCACACCGUCCGUCCGUCAGUCCGUCCGUGUGUCCGGCUCAAUACUUUGUGUCCGGGCUGUAACUUUCCCUUGUAUGGACAGAUAACUUGCCACAUGUGUUCGACAUACCAAGAAGACAUGUCGCAUGCAAGACCCAUGUCCCUACCUCUAAGGUCAAGGUCACACUUAGAUGUUUAUUCACAAUGGAAUGCUGCAUAUAAGGACAUAGAGUAUAGGUUGUCGUGUCCGGGCUGAAACUUUCUCUUGAAUCGACAUAUUUUAAAAUGACUUGCCACAUGUGUUAGACAUACCAAGACGACGUGUCCCGCGCAAGACCCGUUUCCCUAUCUCUAAUGUCAAGGUCACACUUAGGUUUUUAUUCACAAUGGAAUGUUGCAUACAAGGACAUAGAGUAUAGGUUGUCAUGUUUUAUAAAUUAGACCGCAGGACGACUUUUGUUGAGGAUGUUUCUUCAUUAGAAUAAAAUCCAAAGAAUUUAAAUAAAAUAUGAUGAAGAGGAGUAAAUUCGCCAUGUAGUUACUAUUGCAAUAAGAAAUGUAAACCUGGUUCUAUAUAAAACAUGAUCAGAGUGGGUUUUGGGAUUUCACCCUUCCCCUAUGUUGGUGGGCAAGAACAGCAACAACAACAAUAACAACCACAACAAUAACAACCACAACAAAAAUAACAACAACAAAAAAAAACACAACAACUACAAAACCCCCUUUGAAAAUCAAAUUAUUGCAAAGAAUCUUGAAAUGGACGCCAAUGUUACAAUAAAACAGGUUAAGGGGAACAUAACAAACAAUAAAACGCAGAUACCAAAGGCAUUUAUCAUUUUGCAGGUGUUUAGUUUAUUGCCGUAUACUUUUUUUAGCGCCAGCUGUUUCAUCUCAGAAAUGGGUUGAAUUAAGAAUGAAAUGAUGGGAUAUGUUUCUCGACAUUCAUUUUAAUCUGUUUUGUUUCUUGUAUGAUGGUUUUCAAAUUGGAACCUGACGCUUAAAGAAAAUUAAAUACGCAUGUCUUAUUGAAAAUCACGAUAUUGUAUAAAGUUAUAAAGCAAGCUAGAAAUAGGAUGCACUAAUUUUGAAUAACGCAAGUUCCAAUUCCGGUUAGUGUUGCAGUCGUUGAAACAUUUCCUGGAUAUUAAUCAAAUAUUUUUGGACGUCUUGUUUACCUCUUCACUAUUCAUAUCAUCUUGAAUUCAUCUAAAGAAGUCUAGG